AUGGGCAAUAGUAGCACCAAAGAAUCUCGUCCGAUUGACCCGGGGACCGACUACAGGCAAAGCCAGGCUGCCUACCUCAACCACUCCACCUCCAGAGAAGCCGCAAACGAUCAUGCCAGCUCACGGAGGCAAAGUCGCUUUAGCAGAGCCGACUUAAAUCUCCUUGGCCUGGGAGCCGCCGGAUCUUCAAGUGCUGCAGGCAGAGAAGAUGCGCCAUACGAACGGAGGGAGACGAGGCAGGAACGGGAAGCCCGGCGACUUGAAAGGGACCGCAUCGCGAGAGAAAAGGAACGUGAGCGGAGUCUGAAGGAGGAGCAUAUCGAUGGCGGAUACCUUGUCACUCUGGGUACAUACACUGGUCCCGAAGAUUUUAGCAAGCCCGUCGUGCGGCAAUUACAGAUUGAGAGACGACUUGCACCAUUCUGGAGAGGUCUCAAUGACUACUCCGACAGCUGGACCGAAUAUCAGCUCAUCUGCGCCGGUCGUGGCCUGCCUAUCCCGGCUGCCGACGAACAGCCUCCGCCCGAGUUCAUUCCCCAGUCCAACACGCCCGCCUCUCCCACUGAAUCAUCCCAGAACCUUGCCAACCUCACCGUUCCAAUGGGCCCGAGAUCUUUGUCGGUAGGAUCGGAUCGUAGUAGUUCAAUGCCCGGCUCCGGGAUAUCGUCGCCCAACGCAGCCCAACAGCGGAGUAGCUCGCCUUUCAAGCCUCGGGCAAAAGCCCUUGCAGCAGCCUUGAGCGGCGGGUCACGCAGCAACUCGUCAAACGACGUCGCGCCCCGUGAGAUCAAGUUGCCCAACGACCCCUUGGUCAACGGACAGCCAUUAGAGGUUUUCCUGUACAAGGAUGCUACCGAGUGUCCUAUCUGUUUCCUAACCUAUCCUCCCUACCUGAAUCGCACCCGUUGCUGCGAUCAGCCCAUCUGUAGCGAAUGUUUCGUGCAGAUCAAGCGCGCCGAUCCGCACCAUCCCGAGCAUCACGGCGAACCGACCGAGCAGCCUGCGAAUCCGACCAACCCGGAAGAAGCUCCAGAAAUGCUGAUAUCAGAGCCCGCGCAGUGCCCCUACUGCCAGCAGACCGAAUUCGGUGUAACCUAUGACGCUCCCCCUUUCCGACGAGGUCUAUCUUAUGCCAUUGGAUACCCGUCACAAAAUACCGCCAUGUCAUCUCAGAGCUCUCUGAACUCCACUUUGUCGCCUACCUCUCCAACCUCUGGCAGGCGGCGUGCUCAAAGCUUGUCCGCCAACGCCCCGAAUGUUGUCACAACUGAUCGAGUUCGACCGGAUUGGUCAACCAAACUCGCAGCGCAACGAGCCCACCAAGCACGCAGAGCUGCAGCAGCAACUGCUUUGCACACUGCGGCUUUCCUCAUGGGAAAUAACGAACAGCAGCGCGGCUUCGCUUUCACACGACCCGGGCGUUUCAGUCGGAGGAACACUGGGAGUCGCACCCCCUCUGGACCUUCCAACCAGCAGCCGGAAGAGGGCCCCCAUCGCAACCCUGAGGGUGAAGCGCCCCCAGCUGGACCUGAGCCUGGGCCGCGGAGCUCCUCUGGGCGUGGAGCCCUGAACAAUAGGAGAAGUCGGAUGGAGGAGCUCGAAGAUAUGAUGUUUAUGGAGGCUGUCCGUCUUUCUCUCGCCGCCGAGGAAGAGCGAAAACGUAAACAAGAAAAGACGGAGCGAAAGGAGGCCAAAAAGAGGGACAAGGAAGAGCGAAAAGCCCUCAAGAAGCAGGACCGGCAGAGUGUCUAUGGGCCUGGUCAAAGCUCUGCUAGUGGUAGCAGCCUCUCUCUUGGCCUUGGACGACGCAGAGGGAACAGCACAACGAGCAACUUGCGUGUGGAGGCUACGCUUCAGGGAGCGCAGACGACGUCCGCAGGGCCCAGCGCCGAAACUUCUCCAGUGGCUUCCUCAACACCGAUUGGCAAUACCCUUUCUCCCACCUCGGCACCCGGCUCGGCACCAAGUUCGAAAGGCAAAGCUGUAGAACGUCCGGCCGUUGAGACGCAGUCAUCCGAGAGCAGCUUCCAAAGCACCUCUACUACGCCCUCACUACCGAUCCCAACGACUAGCCGCGGGCCUUCUCACUUGAGGCAGAUGAGCAAUGCAUCUUCCAUCUCAUCGUCUCUGGCUGAUAGCGCAGCUGGUAGCUACAGCAACCAGGCGUACUUGGAUCCUCGGGCUAGCGAGCUAAGCGUUGGCAAUAGAAGCGAGGAAGGUGACCGAGACAACACGGAGCCAAUGUUCAACUUCCGGAGCCUGGCAGAGAUGGUAGGCGUUGACAUUGAAAAUGGCGAGGCCAACCAGGACCAGGAUAUCGCCUCAGGCGAGGGCCGGACUGCCAGCACGAGCAAGAAGGCAGAAGCGGAAGACGAACCAGAGGCGGAGCACAUGGAAGAUGUACACAGUGAGGAGCCUGUCCAGACAAAUGCUGGCACAUUGAAGCCACCGCCAACAAUUCCCGAAGAGCCUGUCGAUGGCGCCAGCAAAGGCGACGUGUCUCCUUUACUUGGCAGUGGAGCAUUGACACCGGAAGUCACAAUAACACCCGAGACUCCGGCUCCCAUUUCGGAUGAGGCUGCUGAGUCGAAGAGACUGGGCCAUGAAAACAUUGUGCAGAGUUCGACUGGAGUAACGCAGUAA